AUGUGGUGUGGGGCCGGGCCUCUGGCGGUGCUGGCUGCGGUGGUCUGGACUCAGUGCGUCCUCCUGGAUGGGGUGGAGGCCAAGAAGGAGAGGAAGAGGCCAAAGGAGCCCACGCCACAACACACAGAGGCGUUCAACGCAACGCUCUCCAACAGCGAGGAGGUCGGCGGGAGCAUCAAGCAGGCCUCUGAACACCAGAGAGUCGACCCACUGGGAUCCUGGAUGGACUUUGUCAAACGACCUGUUGGCAACUUCCCUGGAAAGUGUCGCAAACGCAAACGUCCCCUGCCGGGUCCACCUGGUCCCCCAGGUCCCCCCGGCCCCCAGGGACCUCCUGGCUCCCCUGGGGCCGAAGUGACCCAGGAAGUUCUUCUCCAGGAGUUCAAGGAGAUGAUUAAAGAGGCCACAGAGAGGAGAGCAGCGGCCCUGGACCGACAGACCAGCCCCAGCCAGCUCCCCAUAGCCCUCCUCACCCUGGAGGGCAUGACCCCCUACCGGCGAAUAGAGGAGGCGUUCCACUGCAAGCUCAAGGGCCCUGUGGUGGUGGACAAGAAGACUCUGGUGGAGCUGCAGAACUUCCAGACACCGCCUGCUAAAGGAGCCUUCCUCAGAGGGUCGGGAAUGGACCAGUCCACUGGGAGGUUCACGGCUCCCAUCACAGGGAUCUACCAGUUCUCUGCUAACGUCCACAUCGACCACAACGAGGUGAAGAGGAGCAAGAGUCAGCUGAAGGCCAGAGACAACGUCCGGGUGCUGAUCUGCAUCGAGUCCCUCUGCCACAGAUACACCUCACUGGAGAUGAUUGUCGGACUCGAGAGUAACAGUAAGAUCUUCACGGUGAGCGUGCACGGGCUGCUGGAGCUUCAGGCCGGGCAGUACACCUCCAUCUUCGUGGACAAUGCAGCCGGAGCCUCCAUAACAAUACAGAACGGUUCAGAUUACAUGGGCAUGCUCCUUGGUGUAUAG